AAGAGCUUGACAGCAGCACAGACUCCAAGGAUUCUUUGCUUCUGCCAGAGCCCUGCGGACCAGGACACAGCCGCUGCAGUACCAGGCUACGUGUCCCCGAUGGACUUCCUGCGCCAAAACCAGGGCCCUGGCCGUGCUCCAGCACAGGACGCUCGGAGGAUGUUGGCGGAGCAAGAGGAGCGUCGUAAAAGCCAACUACAGAUGAGCGGGAAUCUCUUCAUCAAGCAGUUCUUGCUUUUGCUGAAUCAGAAGCAGCCGGCUGAAGACAUCAAAAAGCAAUACAUGGAAAAGGUGCUGCACGCAGUGUUCUUCUUCGGGAGGGUGCACAAGAGGAUGGUGAAACCCACUGACUUCCUAGGGUCCCAGGUUUGCCAGACUCUGCAGGCGAAGUUCCCCAGACCGUUCCAACAGUACGGCACCCACCUCCCCGGCCUGACGCCCUACUCCAUCCUGCUGCAAUUCGGCUCUGAAGUAGCAGGCUGCAGCACCCAAGAGCAAAUGGAGUCUUUCUUGCGUGACUUUAACAACACUCUGCAAGAAGAAUUGGAGCGAGAAGCCAACAUGAAGCCCAGUGAGUUCACCUUCAGAGCUGCAAUUGUUGCCUUCAGCAUCUACAGAGACCCCGAGGAUGGAGCAGCCCCUCCUCUCUUUUAUGGAGCAUCCCUGUCCUGCAGCGGGCUGCUGGAGAGGAAGAUCAUGAUUGACGUCCUGUGCAUAAAGACGUGGCACAAGGCGGUGGCAUUCGCGGUGCACCACGGGGAGCACAAUCUGGCCAUCGUCUUCCCUGAUGGGGUACAGUGCCGGGCCUUCUACUACAGUCACGGAGCCUUCAUGGAAAAGCAGCCCUGCAUGAAAUGCAGGGAGAUGUUCCACGUCGACUUCCAGCCACCUGCAGACAGCACCGGGGAAAAUUCCCAGUGGCUAUACGGUAACUGUGCCGAGAACGAGAGCCUGAGCAAACUGCUGCAGGGCAUCCCAGGGCUGCAGGAGAAGGUUGUCUCGACACACACUCCCCCCCAGCCAAACACCUACCAGGCCAUUGAACAAGAAUUUACAGACAUCAUAGAAAACAGUUUUAGAAAUCACCUUUACCAGUUGCUUCAGGAAAAUAAUUUUUCUUCUUACCUUCCUCUUCAAUUCUUCUGA